AAUGACCGAUUUUAAUGAACAAAGUUUUAAUUUAAGGAGGAGGGUUUAGGCAAGGAUUUCGUUUUUCCAAAUUUUUGAAAUAAUUUUUUUUUUAUGUGUAGACUAUUCUCGGAAAAACACUGUUUUUUGACACGAUUUUUUCAGAUUAAAUAAACUUGCACCUUCAAACUUUAGUCUUGUUCAUUAAAGUCUAUCAAGUUUUAUGCAUAUACUCAUUGUUGGCAUAAAUUAUUUUAAAACUAUGAGUAAUGAACGGCCUUGAUAUCCAAUGGGUAUUUAAUUAAUUAUUACAAAAAUAAACAUAAUCUUCACUUUCUAAACAAAAAAUAAAUAGAAAAAAAAAAUUCAUGAUCUUAUAAAAUAAAACGAUGUAAUUAAAAUUACGAAUUUAUAACCUCUUACGCAAAUUCGUUUAGGUUAAUCUAAAUAUAGUUUUUUGAUCAUAGAUUUCUUUCAAAUGUAUAUAAGAAAUAAAUGCUUCAAAAUUAUUCUCUUUAGUUAUUAAUCAAAUCUAAGUAGUUUCAGAAAAUAAGAAUUUGGUAUUUGUAUGUGAAGAUUAAAACCGAUAAAAAAAAAUCCGUCUAUAUCAACGGGAAUGUCAUCUAUUUUUAAUUGAAUAACUGCGUUUCGGUUCAACAUGGACCGAUGAUGCCAAAAAUAAAUAUUCGACUAUCUAGUAACGUCUAGACAUUUCUAAUCUGCUUUUAAUAUAACGCAAGAAUAGUAAUAGUAACAGAAAACUUUCCGACACAAAGUGUGUAAGCUGAUAAGUGAUAAUUGCUAAGUGACAGUUUUAUCUAAAAAGUUGUAAUUUUCGUUUGAACGUGUUACUUUAUCGAAUAAAUAAAUUUAUCAACUAAUAAAUAUCCGUGCAAAAAAAUGACAAAAGCAACGUUAACACCGCAAGAGUGGAAGGAAAAGGGUAACGAAGAAUUUAAUAAAGGCAAUUGGACUGAAGCAUUGAGUUGUUAUACAAAUGCUCUUAAGCUUAUAAAAGAGGAAAAUGCUGAGAAAGCUAUAUUUUAUAAGAAUCGUGCAGCAGUGUAUUUAAAACUACAAAAUUAUAACAAGGCGAUUAAAGACUGCGACGAAGCACUCAAAAUUUGCCCAAAAGAUCCAAAAGCUUUAUUUCGUAGAUGUCAAGCUCUUGAAGCUUUGGAAAGAUUUGAAGAAGCAUAUAGAGAUGCUCGGUAUAUCAUAUCUGUAGAUCCUAGCAAUAAAGCGAUUCAACCUAUAAUUGCACGAUUACACGAAAUUGUACAAGAUCGUUAUAAACAAAAUUCUCGUGUUAGUGCAAAGGUAUCACAAAUGAUUGAUAUAUCUUUUGAUCUACAACAUGAUAAAGAAAAACGGGAAACAGCAAUAAACAAUCUCUUGGUACUUUCUCGUGAAAGAGCUGGUGCAGAAAUUAUGUUCAAUGAAGGAGUAGUAUCUAAAAUAACAAAAUUAUUAAAGCUAGAAAAGAAUGAGGAAAUAAUUAUUGCUGGUAUUCGUAUUAUUGCUGAAUUAUGUAAAGAGAAUAUUAGUAGAACUGAACAAGUCUUAAAUAUUAUUGGUAUACCAUGGUGCUUGGAAAUGAUCAACAGUAAAAAUAUAGAAAGAGUUAAUGCAGCUCAGUAUUGCAUGCAGACCAUAUUAAACAGUUAUAGUGGAAUGGAUAAUAAACCAGACACAAAACCUAACAAGGAUUUAUGUGAACAAUAUAAAAAAGAAAUUGAUACCAUCUUAUCUUGUUUACUAUAUAGUACAACAAACAGAACGAUUACUGGUCAAGCCAGGGAUGCAAUAAUAGAACUUAUAAUGCGCAAUAUACAUUACACUGCACUAAAUUGGGCAGAACGUUUGGUAGAAAUCCAUGGUCUGCAGAGAUUGAUGGAAGUUGCUAGUGAGUUAGAGGAAUACAAAUAUGAGUCUGCAAUGGAUAUAACUCCAUCUACACGCACUAUAAUGAGUGUUUGUUUGGCCAAAAUUUAUGAAAAUAUGUAUUAUGAUGCUGCAAAAGAAAGAUUCAGAAGUGCUAUUGAUGAGUAUAUAAAAGACAAAUUACUUACACCAGAUAUAGAAUCAAAAGUACGUGUUGUUGUUGCAAUAACAACACUAUUACUUGGACCUUUAGAUGUGGGAAAUUCAGUUGUUGCUAAAGAAGGUAUUAUGGAAAUGAUUCUUGUAAUGGCAGGUACAGAAGAUCCAUUGCAACAAAAAGUUGCAUGUGAAUGUAUCAUAGCUGCAGCAUCUAAAAAGGAUAAAGCUACAGCUAUAAUAUCACAAGGUGUGAAUAUACUUAAGAAACUAUAUCAAUCAAAGGAUGAUUCAAUUCGCGUACGAGCUUUAGUUGGAUUAUGUAAAUUGGGUAGUUCAGGUGGUACAGAUGCAACUAUCAAACCAUUUGCUGAUGGAGCAACAAAGAAAUUAGCAGAAGCUUGUAGAAGAUUUUUGAUUAAUCCUAAAAAACAAAAAGAUAUGAGAAAGUGGGCUGUAGAGGGCUUGUCUUAUUUAACAUUUGAUGCUGAAGUUAAAGAAAAAUUAAUAGAAGAUCGUGAUGCCAUUCAGGCGAUGAUAGAACUUGCCAAAACUGGAGAUCAGUCUGUACUAUAUGGAGUGGUUACUACUUUAGUUAACUUAUGUAAUGCCUAUGACAAACAAGAAAUGGUACCUGAGAUGAUAGAAUUAGCAAAAUUUGCUAAGCACCAUAUACCGGAAGAACAUGAAUUUGACGAUCCAGACUUUUUAAAUAAAAGAUUAAUUACUUUAGCUAAAGCAGGUGUAACGAGUGCUUUAGUUUCUCUUUCUAAGACGGAGAGUCAGAAUAGUAAAGAAUUAAUAGCACGUAUUUUUAAUGCAAUAUGUAGUCAACAAGAAGUAAGAGGAAUUGUUGUACAGCAAGGAGGUGCAAAAAUUCUUUUACCCUUGGCUUUAGAUGGAACAGAUAAAGGAAAGAAACAAGCUUCUCAAGCAUUAGCACGUUUAGGCAUUACAAUAAAUCCAGAAGUAGCAUUUCCUGGACAAAGAAUCAUGGAAGUUAUAAGACCAUUCCUAAAUCUUUUAAAUCCAGAAUGUUCAGCACUAGAAAACUUCGAAGCAUUAAUGGCAUUAUGUAAUUUAGCUAGUGUUAAUGAUACUGUUAGAAAACGUAUCCUGAAAGAAGGUGGUUUUUCGAAGAUUGACACAUAUAUGUACGAAGACCAUGAAAUGUUGAAACGCGCAGCUACACAAGUAAUAAACAAUUUAAUUAUAUGUGAAGAUACGAUUCAAUAUUUUGAACAAGAAAAUGACAGAACGAAAUAUCUUCUGAUUCUUUGUGAAGAUGAAGAUGAAGACACAUGUUUAGCUGCAUCUGGAGCCUUAGCAAUGUUAACAUCAGUAAGCACCAAAGCUAUUGAGAAAAUGUUUGAUGUAAAAAAUUGGUUAGAAAUAUUACGUUUUUUGCUUGCAAAUCCUAAGUCUGAAAUACAACAUAGAGGUGUGGUUAUUAUAUUAAAUAUGAUGAAAAGCUCGAAAGAUGUUGCUGCAAAAUUGGUUGAAACAGACAUAAUGGAAAUUUUAAUGGCUUUAACACAGAGUGAUUCUGUGCAAGAUAAAAAAAUUAAAGAUUUGGCAGUCCAAGCAUUAGGAGCUGCUGCUGACUGGAAACUUAUUCUUUCUGUAGCAACAUAAUAUUUUAACACUAUUUAUUAUAGAAGUAUCAUAUCAUUUUAAUGAAUGUGCCUUAUAAUGUGUUAAAUAAUUCAUUAGGAAUUUUUAUACAUUAAUACAUAUUUAUAAUAUUCAUUGUAUUUAUCAUAUUUCAUUGUAUACAUUAUACUAUUUAUACUAGGGGUUCCUAGUUUUAUCUAGGUGGGCCAAAAUUAUAAGUUUCAAAAUAUUUGGUGAGCCAAUAAAAUAGUAUUGUGAAAAAAUACAUUCAAAUCGAUAAAAAGUUAGACCUAAGGGAAAAUAUUAUGUUAAUUUUAUAACAUAAUCGUUCCUUAUGACAAUAAUUAUUUUUUGUUACAAACUGUUUAUAAACAUAUUUCAAAAAUAAUUAAACAGGAAUGUCUAAUUUAUACAUAUAAUUUUGCAAAUAAUAAAUAUAAAUAGAGUAUUCCGCAUUUAUUUAUAUAUUAUAUGGCCUUGUUACUU